AUGAAUGCAGUAACCUAUGAUGAUGUGCAUGUCAACUUCACUUGGGAAGAGUGGACUUUGCUGGAUCCUUCCCAGAAAAAUAUCUACAAAGAUGUGGUGCUGGAGACCUACAGAAACCUCACUACUAUAGGAUACAGUUGGGAAGACCAUAAUAUUGAAGAACAUUGUCAAAGUUCUAAAAGACAUGAAAGGCAGUUUUCAUAUGCAAGCUGA